GUCAUGGUGCGGCCUUGAGCAAGCAGACGCGGCCACGGGUCUGAUCUAGGGCUGAAGCAGGGCUUGAUCUGGGAAAGAAGGACCGAGUCCAAACGGAGCCCCGUGGUGUUCCCACUCCCGUCUGAAGGCAGUACUCAGAGACCCGAAGAAUGACGGCAUAGCUCUCGUCAGGGCGAGCUACCGCAUUGUCCGGGCAUAAUAAAGAAUGAAGGGAAGUAGAACUGUAGUGCCUGACUGUGGCUUCCUGGCGCCCCUUCACUUGUUCUGUUCCAGCCUGGGUAGGUCCAGCAUCUGUUCUUGUCUAAAGGAUAAUUGAUUUCUUAAUCUCCCAACGAAAACGCCCCUUCUCCAUUUUCCUUUGUGUGCAACGUGAACUUCCUUGUCCUAUGGUGAAUUCCACACAUGCAUUCAGAGCCUACUUUGUGUCAGACACUCUGAUGGUCUUAGGGAUACAAAGAUGAAUGUCACACCCUCUCCCAUACUGAAGCUCACAGUUUAAAGGGGAUGACAGAUACGUAAACAAAUGGAUAAAAUGAAAAAUGCCGAAUUACAAGUUUCUACAGAGUUCAGGACAUCUUUGGAAAACUGGUAAAUCAGAAUGAGUGGCCCGCAAUUCUAGAGUUACUCUGAAAUUUACAUCCCCUGUUAGUCUGUUUGAAAGUUCUGUAGUUUAAAAGUGGCUUCUGAAUUGUAGAUGAGAUAAGGUGAACUAGCUGUUUGCUGAAGCUCAGCUUAAACUCUAAGCUAGCCAUCAGUUAUUCAGUAUAACAGUGUAUUUUGUUGGCUUGAAAUGGUGUCAGGUUUUAGGUUAUGAUUAUAAGCCAGACUCUUGAUCUCUUGCAAUAGAGAAUUUAGUAUUAGGUGAGUCUGAUUCAUAUUCUGGCCCAUAACAAUUUCAUUUUUGAGUGAGUUUAGCACCUCAGGGCCUUGGUGCAGACAGUAAUAUAUCAUCUGUGCUUCGAGGGUGUUGGUAUAAAUGAAGUCCCCUUCAUCUGUAAAUUUUAAAAAUAGAGUUAAAGAUAACUUGGAAUGAUACCGAGUCCACUGUAUGGUUACAUACUAUAUAUAUUGUGGCAAGAAACAACUAUUCUGACUUGUUCUAAAAUCAUUUUGGGUAACUCAGUAUCACUUUUAGCUUAUUAUCCCCAAAUGAAAAAUAUGAUCAAAGAUAGAAGAGAUGAUAACUGUAUUCUCAAGGAAGUUUCAUUUUUGGUGUUUCAUUCCUGAGUUUUAUAGACUUCUUUUAUAUUGGACAACUGCUUUCAGUGUUCUGGUUUAUAGUUUUUAUAUGUGAACAGAAGAAGUCACAUUUAGAUCUACACUUCUGUAUAUUGAUUGUGAAAUCCAGUCAUAAAGCAUAGUCUUUAAUGCUUCUUAGGUUUGAAGAGUAAGAAGACUGAGUAUAAUGUCAUUUUAAUAGUUUAAAAAGAUUUGGAAGAGAACAUAUAGUUCAAAAACAAGCUUAAUAUCUAGAUAGAAUGAUUUUAAGGUCUGCUUUGUUGAAUAACUGACUCCCUCUGCUAUUCAGGGCACUAGUUAGACAUUACUGGGAAAAAGAAAGUGAAAGAGUAGUUAGUAUGAGCAAGCAGUAUAGGGGUGAGGAGUUCAGGCUCUGGAGCCAUACCUGGAUUCAGAUCCCAGCUUGCUCCUUAUUAGCAGACCUGGGACAAGUUGGUUUCUAUUUGCAAAGAUGAUCUAAUAAGUCUCUCUUUAGGGGGUUAUUUUGAGGAUUAAAUAAUGUGAUGUAUGUACAGUGCUUAGAAUAGUACCUGUCACGUACUUAGUGCUCAAUAAAUAUAACUGGAUGCCUGUUUGAUUCUUUGGGUCAUUUUUUUGUCUAUAUUAGAUUAGUAACUCUGUAGACAUGGAAUAUUUCCAUUUCUAUGGGUCCAUCAUGCUUGAUUUUCUAGUGAAAUAUAUGUGCAUAAUCAUAUUGUAAAUGCUGUUUAUUUAUAAAUUUUAGAAUCCACCAGUAGACAAAACAUAAGAUUGAAUUAUAGAGAACAACUUGUUAACCUUGACAGUGGAAAAAUAAUAUAACAAAAAGGGGAGAUGAAGGAAGGAAAGAUUAAUGGAAGAAAUAUGCUUUUAAGGCUAUUAACCAGGGUGGCCUUACAUCAGUAGCUGUCAGAGGGAAAGACUGUGCAGUAAUUGUCACACAGAAGAAAGUACCUGACAAAUUAUUGGAUUCCAGCACGGUGACUCACUUAUUCAAGAUAACGGAAAACAUUGGCUGUGUGAUGACAGGAAUGACAGCUGACAGCAGAUCCCAGGUACAGAGGGCUCGCUAUGAGGCAGCUAAUUGGAAAUACAAAUAUGGCUAUGAGAUUCCUGUGGACAUGCUGUGUAAAAGAAUUGCAGAUAUUUCUCAGGUCUACACGCAAAAUGCUGAAAUGAGGCCUCUUGGUUGUUGUAUGAUAUUAAUUGGUAUAGAUGAAGAACAAGGCCCUCAGGUGUACAAGUGUGAUCCUGCAGGUUAUUACUGUGGGUUUAAAGCCACUGCAGCAGGAGUUAAACAAACUGAGUCAACCAGCUUCCUUGAAAAAAAAGUGAAGAAGAAAUUUGAUUGGACAUUUGAACAGACAGUUGAAACUGCAAUUACAUGCCUGUCUACUGUGCUAUCAAUUGACUUCAAACCUUCAGAAAUUGAAGUUGGAGUAGUUACAGUUGAAAAUCCUAAAUUCAGGAUUCUUACAGAAGCAGAGAUUGACGCCCACCUUGUUGCUCUAGCAGAAAGAGACUAAACCUAAUCAGUUUACCAAAUCCAUAAUGCCACUUGCUGGUGUGUUUGGUAAAAACAAACCAACAUUAUGGAGGCCCCUGGAUUGAAAAAGGAACCUCUCCCACUCCUCCUACCCCUGAAGUGGUUAGGACUCUGUAUAAAUAAAAACAGUGCUUUUGGAAAAUAAUAGCA